UAAACUAAAGGACCUUUCGCUAUCAACCUACUGCUUCCAAAAUCAAAUAAACAAAAACGAACCCAAAGCGAAACACAAAAAUACUGUAAAAAAGAAAACGUAAAGAGGAGAAAUGGAGAAGCAAACCAGAUCUGAGGUUCUUGUUUUUUCAGCCAUGAAAGAAGAUACGGAAGAAAUUUUCUUCGUAGGAGAAGAAGAAGGAAGUGAUCUGUCUUAUUGGGAAUUCAUCAACUCCUCAGAUUCUGAUGCUGAUGAUGUCCUCUCUCUUUCUGAUGCAUCUUGGCACUCUUCGCUUUCUUCCUCCCCAAAGGACAGUCCAAUUCCUGACCUGAUUCAAGAUUCUGAUGAUAGUCGUCAUCCCCAUGACUAUGAGCCAAUUCACGAUGGGUAUGGUGAGCCAUACAUAGAUUAUCAAGAAAAGGAUGAUGGUGAUGAUUACGAUGAUGUUUAUGAUGAGUAUGAUGAUGAUGGGUAUGAUUUGGACGAUGAGUUGGUGCCGCGCGCAUUGAGUGGAAAAUUUGGAAGGCAAAGGAUGAGGAAAUUAGGGAAGAGGGCUUUUGCCAAGAUGCACACUUCAAAAAAGUCACCAUUUUUGUAUGUCAAGCCUGGGUGUGUUCAUGGCAAGCAUGGGCUCGGAUUGAAGCACAGUUGCUAGAGAGAAUUGGAUGGCAACUUUUGGAGGAAAUGGGCCAUCUUUAAAUGGCAAAAGAAACAAUAGGGUUUGAGAAGUUGGUUGCGAAGUUAUGAUGAACUGAGAUGGAAGGAAACUGUGAUUGUUGUUUGGGGGUUGGUUUCCUACAUAUAAUGAAGGUAUUGGAAAUCCAGAUGGCUAAGUAGUUUGAUUUGUUGUUAAUCUUCUUCUGAAGAGGCUUUUAACUUGCUCAUUUCCUUUAGUAUAUUUUGGGGGCAGAUGCUGUAUUUUAGGGACCUUAUGCGAACAAAUGGCGCUUUGCUUGCUACCAGAGUCUUCGUAGCAACCUUUUGGUUUGUAAUGUAUGGUUAAGUGAAUUGUGGGCUGCAUAGCCUGGAAGGUCCUUUUAAUUUCUCCCUUGGGAGCUGGAGAAAUUGAAAUGUUGAUUGAAACGUUGUAAUGCACUUAAUAUUUCAUUACCAAAAAAGGGGCAGAACUCUAUUUUCUCUA